UAUGCUCUCGCAAAACUGCGAAGGAGUCCUCUCGACAAGGGCCUAAUUUAAGUUGUUGUCGGUCAUGAUCAAGAAUCUACUAAUAUAGCUUUAUUUUGAACAAGCAAAAAGCUACGGAGGAGCCCCGCCUCAAUCACAGCAAUUCCUCAAAAGUAAAAGAAAAACAUUGCGAUUUUCCUGAAAAAAAUAGAAUAGUUAAAUAAUAAAAGCCACUUAGAGGUAGAUUGAAGAAUGCUGAACCCUAUUUCAAGGUUUUUCUUAAGAUAUCGGCCAAUUUUUUUAAACUAUAAACGAUUUUCCGAUAAGGCCCCGAUUUCCCGAUAUGACCCCGUUCCCAGUUUGAGCCGGAGCGCUGCAAACCCAUCUCGAGAGCGCGGGAAACAGUGGCUUCUACAGUGUGCUCUUCAAAGAUCGCCAGCCAACAUGUCGAUGGAAAACAUUGAGGUAUGUCGUGUUAUGAGCCCAGACGAUGCAAACAUCGCGGGAAAUGUUCAUGGUGGAACGAUACUAAAAAUGAUCGAGGAAGCAGGAGUCAUAAUCGCCACAAGACAUUGCAAUGAAGGAAUAAAGAAUUCUUCUUGUAUUGCUGGUCUGGUAAGGGUUGAAAGGACAGACUUCCUACAGCCAAUGUUAAUUGGAGAAGUUGCCAAUGUCCAUGCUGAAUUAAGUUAUGCAUCAGAUCACUCUUUAGAAGUUACAGUUGAUGUCUGGGCAGAAAAUCUUACUAAUGGUGGCAAAAGAUUGACCAACCAGGCUUAUUUGUGGUAUGUGCCAGUGAAAUUGACACCAACUCCUGGACUUGGCAAUGUGCCACCAAUCAAAGAUUUAACUGAGGAUCAGCUAAGAGAGGGGGAAAAGCGAUACCAAAAACAGAAGAAAGCUAGAGCUCACCAGAAGUCAAAACAAGACUCAAACAAUCUGUACAAUCUAAGACCCCAGAACAUCUUGACAGUAGAAGGUAGUGAUGAAAUUCCUCUUCAUAGUGUCCCGUAUUCGCAAUCAACAUUGAUUUCAAUGGCAAGUCCUUCAGAUUGCAACCAAUUUGGGUAUUGUCAAGGUGGGCCAACAAUGAAGAAUAUGGAUACUGUUGCAGGGAUUGUUGCAUUCAGACAUUGCCGUACCAACAUUGUCACAGCAUCAGUAGAGUCUUUGGACUUUCAUGUGCCCGUUAAACUGGGACAUGUGAUGACUUUCACUGGACGAAUGGUUUUCACCAGUAAUCGCUCUAUGGAAAUCGAAGUUUUUGUUGAUGCAGAAGAUGUUGUCAAGGGAGAAUGUUUCAGAUGUGUCUACGCAUUAUUCACCUAUGUGUCCUUGGAUGACAAGAAAGCUGUGCAAAAAGUGCCUCAGUUGGUCGUGAGAACUGAAGAUGAAAAGCAGCGCUUUAAAGAAGGCCAAUCAAGGUACGAAAUCAAGAAGGAAGAAAGACUAAGAGCCUUAGCUGCAAAAAGACCAAAGCAGGAAAAGUAGCCAAGAAAUUAAGGUAGAAAUUUUAGAUUUGUUUUGAAAUUGCCAGGUGCCUUUUAGUGUACGUAAUUGUCACCUGACUUAGUGCAUAAUCAAAUUUUAUUAAUCAAUACAAAUGUAUUUAAAAGUGUAAUUAACUUGUACUUCUCAUUAACACAAUGUUUUGGUGGUACAGAGCUUGAAAAUGGCUAUUAACACAAUGUAUUAUAUCAGAUUGAGGGGGCUAAACUGUUUGUGGGGAGGGGGUGCUAAACAUGCUAAAAACAAAGAGGGGGCAAAUUUUGGUAUGAUUUUAGGUACAUUUUGGAAGCCCCCCCCUUCCGCAGUCCCUGGAUUAGCUAAGCCUCUUAUACUGAAUUUCUGUAAUCAUAUAUUUUUUAAUAUGUUAGAUUGUUGCAAUCUCUAUCUAUACGUGAUUUAAUUUACACUAGAAAAUCAGUGAUUUCGAUUAAA